CCACAGCUCAUAGGAGAGCAUAUAUUCCCUUACAACAUAUGUUUCCAGAUAUGGAGUGAGAAAAACAACAUGGGACACCCUUAACAAACUUCCCAAUUAUAUAUACAACUAUAAGAGUUGCCACAUUUUUCAGACACACACAAAAGCAAAGUACUCUUUUCUACAUGUUUCAAUUCAAAAAAUACACAUACAUUUCUACCUUGUAAUAAAUCAAAAAACAUGGCUCUUCAUCAAAAUGCACAACAAAAUAAAGAUAUGAACUUAGUUUUAUCAAGUGAUGCUAAGCCUAGACUAAAAUGGACUCCUGAUCUCCACCAACGGUUCGUCGAUGCAGUCUCUCAACUAGGAGGUCCAGAUAAGGCUACACCAAAAUCAUUGAUGAGAGUGAUGAACAUUCAUGGACUAACAUUAUAUCAUCUCAAGAGCCAUUUACAGAAAUAUCGUCUAGGAAAAAGUUCUGUGACUGAUCAAUCUUUUGAUGAGAACAAACAAGAAGUUAAAUUGGAUUUGUGUGAAAUAGUACCUAAUGAUGAUGAUGAUGAUCAUACAAAGGGAAAUGAAAUCUCCAGAGGCUUAAAGCAGAGGACUUAUUUUGAUAAAGAGUUGCCUCAGAGUGAUCAUAAGUUAUCCUUGGGAGUAUGUGAUGGAUCUCAAAAUCAUAUGAAUGAGAGUUUCCAAAUUGCAAGAGCUUUACAAAUGCAAAUGGAUGUACAAAGGAAACUUCAUCAACAAAUUGAGGUACAAAGACAUUUACAACUUAGGAUUGAAGCACAAGGCAAGUAUUUACAAUCCGUUUUAAAAAAAGCACAAGAGACACUAGCAGGAUAUGGUUGUACUUCUUCAGGAGUUGAACUUGCUAAAGCUGAACUCUCACAAUUAGUUUCAAUGGUUAACAUGGGAUGUUGUCCAAGUUCUUCACUAACAGAAAUCGAUUGUUCAAUCUCGAAAGACAUAGAGAAUAAGACAUCGAAAGAAGGAAUCUUGUGUUCGAUUGAAAGUUCGUUAACAUCUUCAGAGAGCUCAGCAAGAAAGGAAGGUCAAAAUAACUCAAGGAACAACAAGAAUAGUACUUGUAUUGGACUUCCAUUGAAUCAAGAAAGUAAAGGGAAAAAAAGAAGUAGACAUAACAUAUGUGGUGAUGAACAAUCAUCUGCUAAAAGAUAUUUGGAGACAAUUGAUUUGAACAGAAAAUGUCCAAAUGAGUAUGAUGAAAAUGUUAAAAAAGUUAUAGACUUGAAUGAGUAUAGUUAGUAUUGUAUUUAUUUUUGUUCUAUAUAAAAAGUCAUUGAUUCCUAUAGGUAA